AUGGCGUCCAUGUCGAGGGCGACUGUUUACCGUCGCAUCAGCCACGCCGUGCAGGCCGACGUGCAUGCUAUAUUGGUAGCUGCUGGCGAAGGCGACCCCUUUGCUGUAGUGGAAUUCCCUGAAGAGGGAGACACCAUGGCCAUCAUUCACACGUCAUGGCUGAAAGAAGAUCAGCACUCUACUUUUUGGCCAAUAGAAAAGAAUCCUGGAAAACGUCAAAAGCUAACAAUGCAAGGUGCAAAACCUACAAGCUCCUGGAUUGAAGUUCGGUGCAACGUGAAAUGCUGGGCUGAUACCUAUAAGAGAGCGAAAGACAAGCUUAUUACCCUCCAGUACACAUCAGACUCCAACAGUGGAAAAGAAUUGGGACGGGGCAAAAGGAAGCGGAAACGUGCUUUGCGUUAUGAAGAUGACGACGAGGAUGACAGCACGGAUGACGCUAAAAGGGAUCAAUAUGUCCACCCAAAAGCACCGACACCAACUCAACGACUAUCAGUGACUGAGUUCCAGGACUGCUUAGUGUCACUCGUGGAGGCUUUGCAACCAAGUUCACACUCUGCAAGGUGGAGUGCAAACUAUGGCUUUUAUGUUUUAAGCACCUUGCACAGUUCGGAAGCUGCCAACUUUUUCACAGAACUGCAAUCCCAUGGCUCAUCACACAUACCAGAACGCUCAACCCUUGCUGCGGCUGCUAGGCCGCACAUGGAACCGCGCAUGUUUGACCUGCCUUUCUUGAAUGUGGCAGAUGUUCUUGCAUACGAGGAGAAGCUCGAGACAGACAGCCAAGCUCGUUAUCAAAUGAAAAAACUUAUGGCUGUACAAGGUGGAGAUUACAAAGCAAAAACAACACGUGUUCUGCAGUUGCUCCUCAGGUGGAAUGCUGCAGUGGGGUUCAGUUGGUUUGGCACUAAAGGAAAAAAAUUCUUUGAAUUGCACCUCUGCAAGCUGAUGUGUACAAUGAUAAUUUUGCUUAUGCAUGCAGGCGUGUUGACUAAUGACGUCCGAAACCCGAAUGCCACCCUGAAAGAUGUGGAGAAAGCCUCAAUGACUUGGUUUCGUCAUGCUUCUGAGCGACUUGCCGCGCAACAAAAAUAGUUUUUUUGAAUAAUUACUGCUGAAGGUCACCUAUUUAUUUGUUGUAGA